AUGUCGAAUGACGCCCUCUCCGCGGCUCGCCUAUGUCAACUACCUCUGCGGAUCACCAGCUACGGGCAAGUCCUGCGAAGUCAGCGUGCCCAACAUUCCCUCAGUAGCUGGACAUUGUUCAAGGUGGCGGGGCUCUUCUGGGUCACAGUGAAGAGUGAAAAGCAGCGCGAAAAGCACACUGCUCCUAUUCAAGCGCAAAAGAGGAUGUCAGAGCCUCCAAGCCGACCGAAUCUCACACCGCAAUUCUGCUUCAAUCAGACAGCUCUUCAAGACUUCCUCCGACUAUCUAGGGGCAUGAUUGAUGAUUCCAUAAUACAGAACCUCAAUGCUUUGAUGACACCCUCGAGGAAACCAUGGGAUCCAGCUACUACGUCAGAACGGCAGAUACGGCCUGUUGAGAGACGGCCUACAGAUCCACAAGCAUGUCAAAGCUUCAAGAAUGAGGUGCUCUUCCGAAGUUGGCAGACGAGAUCUGAUGUUCUCAACUAUUGUGCAGGCGUCGCCUUGGAUCCAAGUGACCCUGAUCUAGCUCUAAAGCAGGUUGAGUCGGCAAAGGAGAGGGAACGGGUGGUAGAUGAGCGCCUUGACCCAUAUUCGGGGCGCUUCUUUCCGAGGGAAGCAAGGACGGAGCUACUGGCGAAUCUCAUCAGGAAUGAAAGGAGCGUAGAGGGCAUCAUAAGAUCACGAACGUGGAGUCUGGUGUCAGAAAGAUGCGGUGACCCCGGGACCGGGUGGGAGGAAGCGUUGAACAAGUGGAGACAUGACAGAGAAGCUGAUCGAUAG